GGCCCUCCUCUCCGGCCACAGCGGGAGGAGCCACACAGGAAGCGCCGGGGAGACGAGCUUGUUUCCGCGGUCAUGGAGUCCGUCGCUCUGCUGCUUCUUCUUGUGGUUCUGGUUCUGGUCCUCCGGGACCGGACCGCGGCGCUCCUCCUCGCGGAGCGGGACCGGGACUGUUGGGUCGCGGAGGCGGGUCUGUCGGCGGUGGUCCGCCGCGUGGACCCCCGCUUUCUGUCCGUCACCAUCGACGCGAGUCUGGCGUCAGAGGAGAAGUUCGUGUCCCUGCUGAGCUCUACAAAGAUCAGGACCCUGGCUAAAGCUUUGAGUCCAUCUUUCCUGAGGUUCGGGGGCACGAGACAAGACUUCAUGGUCUUCAGCCCACAGAAGGUCCAGCAGGACUCUGGUUCCUCAGCCAGGUGGCUCUUCAAUGGUUCCUCAGCAGAGGGAUCCUGUGAUCGGGUGGAGCUUCCCUCGUGGCUGGAGGACAAACUGAAGAUAGACUGGACUCAACAACUGCUGAACCUGAUGAGGGAAGAUCUGCAGGGGAAGUACAGGACAGUGAAGUUCACAGAGGACACUGUGGACCUGCUUCAGUCCUUCGCCAGCUGCUCGGGGAUGGAUCUCAUCUUCGGGCUGAACGCUCUGCUCAGAUCAGCCGACAACAGCUGGAACAGCAGCAACGCCGGCUUGCUGCUGCAGUACUGCGAGUCCAGAGGGUACCCGAUGUCCUGGGAGCUGGGCAACGAACCAAACAGCUACGAGAAGAAAGCCGGGAUCCGAGUGGACGGACAUCAGCUGGGUCGGGAUUUCAACCGUCUCAGAGCGAUGAUGUCACAAUCCACUUGGUUCCAGGGGGCGGGGCUGUUUGGGCCGGACGUGGGUCAGCCACGAGAGCACCGGGUCAACCUCCUGGAGGGGUUCCUGCAGAGCGGGUCUCAAGCUGUUGACGCCGUAACUUGGCACCAUUACUACGUCAACGGCAGAGACACGUCAGUGGAGGACUUUCUGGAUCCUCAAGUCCUGGACUCUCUGAUCCUGAAGACCAAAGAAGUGCUGCAGGAAGUGCAGAUGGUGUCUCCUGAGAAGCCGGUCUGGCUUGGAGAGACCAGCUCGGCGUUCGGAGGAGGAGCCGCUGGACUGUCAGACACCUUCGUGGCAGGAUUCAUGUGGUUGGAUAAACUGGGUCUCUCGGCCCGGCUGGGUAUGGCUGUGGUCAUGCGGCAGGUGUUAAUUGGCUCUGGCAGUUAUCAUCUGCUGGAUGAAAACCUGGAUCCACUUCCUGACUACUGGUUGUCGGUCCUCUACAAGAGGCUUGUGGGUCCCGAGGUUCUGAAGAUAGAAUCCCGGAGCAGCACAGUGAGGCUGUACCUGCACUGCGCCAACAGAAACAGUUACAGAGGCGGAGCCGUCACCCUGAUCUCCAUGAACCUUGGCCAGGAGCCGGCCUGCAUCUCCCUUCCGACCCUGCUGUCCUCCUCCAGCACAGUGGAGGCUUUUGUCCUCCAGUCCGACCGGCCGGGGGGGGAGGGGCUCUACUCCAGGUGUGUGAAGCUAAACGGAGGUGUGCUGAAGAUGGUGGACGAUAGAACUCUUCCUCAUCUUAAAGGAGCUCGUCUUCCUCCAGCAGAACACCUACAGCUCCCUGCUUUCUCGCUGGCCUUCUUUGUCCUCAUAGACGCUGGAGCAGUCGCCUGUAUGUGACACAUCAGGGGACAGCCCACCUGUCCAGGUACCAGGAGGUGAGACAACGGCAUCACCUGUCCAUGUACCAGGAGGUGAGACAAUGACAUCACCUGUCCAGGUACCAGGAGGUGAGACAAUGGCAUCACCUGUCCAGGUAUUAGCAGGUGAGACAAGGACAUCACCUGUCCAGGUACCAGGAGGUGAGACAAGGACAUCACCUGUCCAGGUACCAGGAGGUGAGACAAUGACAUCACCCGUCCAGGUAUUAGCAGGUGAGACAUGACAUCACCUGUCCAGGUACCAGGAGGUGAGACAAUGACAUCACCUGUCCAGUUACCAGGAGGUGAGACAAUUACAUCACCUGUCCAGGUACCAGGAGGUGAGACAAUGACAUCACCUGUCCAGGUAUUAGCAGGUGAGACAAGGACAUCACCUGUCCAGGUACCAGGAGGUGAGACAAUGAAGAAGAGGAAGAUGAUGAUGUUGAAUAAGAAGAUAUUGAUGAUGAUGAACAUAAAGAUUUAAUAAAACACGUCUUCAACAUGUCAAACCUUUCAGAUUAUGUUAAGAAACAUAAGGUACUAAUAAAAGAUGGGAUGAGUUAUUAGUUCUGCUUUAUUUAUGAUGCAGUCUCUUUUUUCUUAUGCUGUGAAACCAAUUUUCGCCACUGUUUACUCGCGACACUAGUUGAGGUUAUUUUGCUUCAUUUGUUGUGUGAAUUACACAAACCGCACCUCUACAUACUACACCUGGACUAUGUAGCACCACUACACACUACACCUGGACUAUGUAGCACCACUACACACUACACCUGGACUAUGUAGCACCACUACACACUACA